AUGGUCGGCAGCCUUAUAUGUGGCUUUGCUCCAACUAGUAAAACCUUCAUCGUGGGCCGUGCUGUGGCAGGCGUUGGGGCGUCCGGUGUCGCCAGUGAUGGGUUUAUUAUUGUUCUCACUAUUUCUUCCGAGAAGCUAACCCGCUAUUUAGAGGCAUAUAUACCAGCGGUGCUUUUACGGAGGAGGCAACCUAGCGGUGGUGUUUCUGGGUUAACCUUCCUCUGGGUGCUCUGA